GGAAGUCCGCUGUGUACCUCUGCUUUUAUAAUGGCCGCUUCUAAAAUGUCAGGCGUCCUGCUGAUGUGCUGGAUUACUCUCUUUGUGAAGACAGACUCCAGCCCUGCAGAGUCUCCUGUUUAUGGGUUAAAGGGAGCGUCUGUUCAUCUCACAGUGGAGAGUCUUCAACAUCUAUGGAUCAGAAGAAUCACAUGGAAACUCAACUCUACAGAAAUACUGGAACACACAGUGGAAAUAAAUCAGACACAUUACUACCCAGGUUAUAAAGAGAAGAUGCAGCUUGACAGCAGAGACCUCUCUCUGCUCAUUAAGAACCUAGACGAGACAGACCAGGGCACCUAUACUGCUGUAAUAACUGAAACAGAUGGGGUUAUAUCUGAAAAAGCCAAGUACCGUUUGCAUGUCCAAGAUGCUGUUUCCAAACCAGUUAUUCAGAUGAUGUCACUUUCAUUAAGUUCUGCUGAAGGAUUCUGCAAUGUGUCAGUGAACUGCUCUGUGAGGGACAGCUGGGUCUAUUACACCUGUGACCAAACCCAGUGCUCACAGACAGAGCCCCAGUCCUGGCUAGAUAUGAACAUCACUGUCACUGUUUAUAAUGGAAACAUCAUCUGCACAGGCAGUAACCGGGUCAGCAAGGAGACCCAGUCAGAACCACUGGGAGAUGCAUGUGGCCAAAACUCCGCUCUGCUACCCCCUAGUGGCCUCUCACCCUGUUUGCUGAAGAUGCUGGUGUUCUCUGUGGGCCUGGUCAUCAUGGUAUCGGCUGUCAUUACUGUGCACCUCAAGCACAGGUUCUGCAGAAGAGAAGGAAAAGAGAAGACGUUGGAAAAAAUGCAGCUUUAGGAAAUGGAGGCUUAAUCAUCCAUCCAUCCAUCCAU